AUGCAUCCGCUCCUCAGCCGGGAGAAGAAAGAAGAAGAAGACGAAGAAGAAGUGGGUUUUGGGGUCGGCUUUUUGCCCCACGCUGCGACCAUGUUCAGCUGUGUGGGCUGCUUCUGGGUGCUGCUGUCCUCCGCUCUUGUGGCUGUGUGCAGUUUCAGCUUCAUCUCUCCAGCGUGGAUAGUGAAGGAGCAGCUGAGGACCAACCCUCCACCUCAGCACCAGGGCCACAGUAAGAAGGACUCCGUGAGCUUUGGGCUGCUCUGGCACUGCUCCGAGUCCCUGGAUCACAUGUACAGGUGCUACACCUUUGGAGGAUUGGGCAAAUUCGCAGAGAUUCCCUCCAGCUCCUGGCAGGUACUGAAUCUAAACACUGUAUACACCCUGCGGCACGUGUGCAUGGAUGUUAGACUGCCCCACACGAACAACUUGUGCUGUCAGUUCUUGUUUAUAAACUCCUGUUUAGCCCUGGCUGAAGAGGUCAAGUGUUGA